AUGACGAUGGACGAUAUGCCCCCGAACCCGCCAGCACAGGGACUUGCAGCGCAGAAAGAACUCCCGGACCGCGAGCGAACACCCAUAACGGUCCCGAAACCGGCUUCGGUCGCAGACUCGGCAGCGACCUUGACAACCUCCAAAAUCGUAUCUACUGCCCGGCCUGAAUCAAGCGGCGCUGCGAAAGUCGCCAUUCCACGUUCACGAGCUGGUAUCACCCCGCGUUAUGGUCGCCGUGUUCCCCGAGCUUGCGAAUCAUGCCGAGCGCGCAAGACAAAGUGUUCUGGCGAUACCCCGGUUUGUCGACAGUGUCGUGAAUUUCGCGUUUCGUGCCAGUACCCAGUUGGAUGGAAGGAGAAAACUAAGAAACAGGUGGAAAAGCUCUCUGAGAAAGCCUUGGAUUACGAAAACCUCCUCCGGGAUUUGGGAGGGUUAGUUGAGUCUCGUACUGCGGAUCGUAUCAGGAACUUGCUGGACAAGCAUGGAAUCGAGAACGAAUACUCUUCCAACAACAGCGCCCCUUCCUAUUCAGUUACGCCCCAGGAUGAUGAGGGAGGAGACGGAGGAGAUGCCGACGAACUCAGUUCAUCCUCAUCAAUCGGCUCGCUUGAGGCAAUCGACCGCGUGGAAGAGGAUUUGAACAGGACGGAAGACUCAAGAGCCACGGGUUUCAUGGGGAAGAAUUCGGAGAUUACUUGGAUGCAACGACUGCAGCGAGAGGCGGAACAUCGUGCGCAAGGACUGGUAGGGUCAUUGGAACCAGGACAAAGCAAGCGACAAGACGAUGAUCUCACUCUUCAUGCUGUGAGCUACCACUUGGAUGAUAUGGAAAUUUCCGUCCCCGGACCGGUGGAGCUUUACGCCAUGCCGCCUCGCGAGCUGGCUGAUCAGCUCUUCGACGAUUAUCUACGAACCGUACAUCCAUUCUUUCCCAUUAUCAACCGACCUCUCUUCACUGCUCAAUACCGCUCCUUUUUCGACAGCGCUGCCCGUCCUGGUGACAAAUGGCUUGCGAUCUUGAACAUGAUUUUCGCCAUUGGAGCUAAGCAUGCCCAGCUCAUCGAGUCACCAUGGAAAGGCAAUGAAAAGGACCAUCUUACGUAUCUGACUCGAGCCAGGAUAUUGAGUAUGAACGGAGACGUCUUGUUCAGCCACCCCGAUCUUCAGCAGGUUCAGGUUGAGGGGCUAAUCGCGUUCUACCUCCUGGCAUCAGAUCAGAUCAAUCGAGCCUGGAGAAUCUCCGCUUUAGCAGUACGGUCUGCCAUCACUCUCGGUAUCAACAUGAAAAGCACCAGCCCAACAACACCAAACAUCUCAAAAGAGGCUCGUUACCGGGUUUGGUGGUGUCUAUACACCUUCGAACAUAUGCUAGGAAUAAUGACGGGCCGGGCGACUUGCAUACUGGACGGAAUUUGCACCACGCCUCUACCCAUCCCCUUCGAAGAAGAUCAAUUGCAGGAACCCGAAGCCGCUGAAAUUCUCAAUAACUCGCAUAUUCGGGAUGAUCGAAUCAAUAAAGUCAUGGCCAGUGCAUGGGUUCGACACAUGCCGUUGAAUCCCACCGGCGGCAAAGAAGCCACUCACAAGUCCCGAGAACGUGACAAUUCAUGGGUGAAGAGCCUGACUCCCAACUUCGGUCUCUGUCAUCUUUACUACUGUGACUUGGCAGUCAUCACCCAGGAGAUAGUCAACAAAGUGUACUCGACGGAUUGUGUCAUGGUGCCUUGGGCGCACAUCGAGAACCGUAUUGGUGAACUCCGUUCUCGAAUCGACCUAUGGUUCAGAAGCAUUCCAUCGACACUGGAUUUCACACAAAGGGCCGAUGACGGCCCCGAUCGGCUUCGAUGCAAGCUUGCCCUAGCAUUCCAUUACUACAGUGCUCGGAUUACUCUAGGCCGCCCGUGUCUCUGCCGGCGCGAUGCACGACGAAAGAGUCCUGCAGACAGAACCAACUUCAGCCACGAGAUUGCCGUGUUGACUCUAGAAUCUGCAAUGGAUAUGCUCGACCUCAUCCCGGACCAGCCUAAUGCCGUUCAGCUGUACGAGAUCGCCCCUUGGUGGUGCAUCCUGCACUAUCUCAUGCAGGCGGCGACGGUCUUGUUGCUCGAACUCUCAUUUGGCACAGUCCAUAUGCCAGAAAGGGAAGAGGGAUUCAUUGCAUUGGCUAAAAAGUCCGUCCGAUGGCUCUACGCCAUGUCCGAACACAGUGUUGCUUCCCGCCGUGCCUGGCAGCUCUGCGAUACCUGCCUGCGCCGUCUCGGCACUGGUAUGAAAUUCGACGUUUCUGACAUCCCUACAAACUCCUACCACCCGGCACCUACAUCAACCCUCGACAAUAGCAGUACCGGUCAAAUCAACCGGUCCGAGCACCCUGGAUUGUCUCAGAACAUGUGGGGUCCGACAUUCGACGACCUCUCCCUGAAUAGCAACUAUAGCCAGCCGUUCCCGCUGGGAGGCGAAAACUACAAUUACGCGGCUAUCUCGGACGUCUCGACCUCAGAACCCAUGAACUCGUUCUCGGCCGAUGGCCACAUUGCGGAUGAUCUGUACUUCCCCUAUGACCCUAUCAGCGGCAGCUUCAUUCGGUCUUUCUUCCCUCAUAACAACGACGAAGAUCAUUGGUACCAAAACUGA